CGGAAGCGUUCGGGAGGGGUGGCGGCGGCGCGACGCUCGCUUGGGUGCGCAGAGGCGCGGGCUGCCACCGCCAUGGUGUUCCUCACGGCGCAGCUCUGGCUGCGGAGCCGCGUCACCGACCGCUACUGGCGGGUCCAGGAGGUGCUGAAGCACGCGCGGCACUUCCGGGGGAGGAAGAACCGGUGCUACCGGCUGGCCGUGAGGGCCGUGACGCGAGCGUUCGUGCAGUGCACCCGCGCCCGCAGGCGGAGGAAGAGGAGCCUGCGGACGCUCUGGAUUAAUCGGAUUACGGCGGCUUCCCAGGAACACGGCCUGAAGUACCCGGCGCUCGUCCUCAACUUGGUGAAGUGCCAGGUGGAGCUCAACAGGAAAGUGCUUGCAGAUCUAGCCAUCUAUGAACCAAAGACUUUUAAAUCUUUGGCUGCUUUGGCCAAAAGGAGGCGACAGGAAGGAUUUGCUGCUGCCUUGGGGGAUGGGAAGGAGCCCGAAGGCAUUUUUUCCAGGGUGGCGCAGCACCUCUGAGGGGGAUGCUGACACCAAGUACCUGUUCAGGCUGAGCAUCUUAGGGGAAGCGUUUUUUUCCCCAUGUGAUGAUUACACUAAAACUAAGAGUUAUUUGUCAGGUGUUUGUGACUUUGUGUUAAUUUGCAUCUCAAUAACCGACCAGAGAAAAAAGGCCUUGUCCUGCCUCAUUAGCACAGGUUCAGGUUCAGAAACCUCACAGGGAUCGUGUAAAUAAAAUUUGUGUGGUGUUGGCAUUA